CGGUAACGUAAUCAUUAAUUAUCAGUAAAAAAAAAAGGAAAAACUAGCAAAUUCCGCAAGGCAAUCGACUUCCAUUAGGGUUCUUCGAUUCCGAUUUUACAGAACUUCUUUUAUCGAAUUUGUGAAAUUUCAUCUUCAAAACCCUAGUUUCUGCUAAUAUCUUAUUGAUUCAACAUGGCUACUGCAUCAGUGGCGUUUAAAUCAAGGGAGGAUCACCGAAAACAGCUGGAAUUAGAGGAAGCUCGAAAAGCGGGGCUUGCUCCGGCUGAGGUUGACGAGGAUGGAAAAGAAAUUAACCCUCAUAUUCCUCAGUAUAUGUCAUCAGCACCUUGGUAUCUUAACGCUGAAAGACCUAGUUUGAAACAUCAACGGAAGUGGAAAUCUGAUCCCAAUUAUACCAAAUCUUGGUACGAUAGAGGCGCGAAGAUAUUUCAAGCUGAAAAAUAUCGAAAAGGAGCCUGCGAGAACUGUGGAGCCAUGACACAUGAUGCAAAGUCAUGCAUGGAGAGGCCUCGUAAAAAGGGCGCAAAAUGGACGAACAUGCACAUUGCACCUGAUGAAAAGAUAGAGACUUUCGAACUGGAUUAUGAUGGCAAGCGUGAUAGAUGGAAUGGUUAUGAUGCAUCUACAUAUGCUCGUGUCAUUGAAAGGUAUGAGGCAAGGGAUGAGGCUAGAAGGAAGUAUCUGAAAGAACAGCAGCUGAAAAAGUUGGAGGAGAAAAAUAGUAAAAACGAGGGAGAGGUAGAGGGAGAGGGGGAGGAAGGAGAGAUUAGUGACGAAGAAGAUGAUGAUGAUGCUCUGAAGGUUGAUGAAGCGAAGGUUGAUGAGAGCAAACAGAUGGACUUUGCUAAGGUUGAGAAGCGUGUUCGUACCACUGGCGGAGGGAGCACGGGAACUGUGAGGAACUUGCGUAUUCGGGAAGACACAGCAAAAUAUCUUUUGAAUCUUGAUGUCAAUUCCGCAUAUUACGAUCCCAAAACUCGAUCAAUGCGUGAAGAUCCACUUCCUGAUGCUGAUCCUAAUGAGAAGUUCUAUGAAGGUGAUAAUCAAUAUAGGAUGAGUGGGCAAGCAUUGGAGUUCAAGCAGCUCAAUAUUCAUGCAUGGGAAGCAUUUGAUAAAGGUCAAGAUAUUCACAUGCAGGCUGCUCCAUCCCAAGCUGAACUCCUCUACAAGAAUUACAAGGUCAUUAAAGAGAAGUUGAAAUCAAAGACGAAAGAUACCAUAAUGGAAAAGUAUGGCAAUGCAGCGACUGAAGAAGAGAUACCCAUGGAGCUUCUCUUGGGGCAAAGUGAGAGGCAGGUCGAAUAUGAUCGUGCUGGAAGGAUUAUUAAGGGAAUGGAAACUUCUCUUCCAAAAAGUAAGUAUGAAGAAGAUGUUUUCAUUAAUAAUCACACCAGUGUCUGGGGCUCCUGGUGGAAGGAUCACCAAUGGGGAUACAAGUGUUGCAAGCAGACCAUUCGCAAUAGUUACUGUACUGGUGCAGCCGGUAUUGAAGCUGCAGAAGCAGCCACAGACUUGAUGAAGUCAAACAUUGCUCGUAAAGCGUCCUCCGAAGAUGCCCCAGCUCCUGCACAGGAGAGGAAACACGUUACUUGGGGAUCCGAUGUUCCUGAGGACUUGGUUCUCGAUGAAAAACUUCUCACCGAGGCUCUUAAGAAGGAGGAGGAGCGGAGGAGAGAGGAGAAAGAUGAAAGAAAACGGAAGUAUAAUGUCAGAUGGAAUGAUGAGGUAACUGCUGAGGAAAUGGAGGCAUAUCGGAUGAAAAGGGUACACCACGAUGAUCCAAUGAAGGAUUUCUUAAAUUGAAAAGCAUGUUGAUAAAAGUAAGAACAAAUAAAAUGGAUACUUUUAGCUAUUAUGAUAUCGUCAUUGAGUUGUGAUGAAAAUCAUAUGUUCUUUUGUUUUGUUUGUGCGAUACACCAUGUAUUUUCAUUCUACAUCAAUGACAUAGGUUUCCCCUAAUA